ACUAUAAGAUAUCAUAGAUCAAUGGGUAUAUUAUGUAUACCAUUAACAAUGGUAUGGUGGACAUACCAUAAUAAGUAUAAGCAGCCAUUGUCUGCCAAAACAGACAAUCUGUAUCUGUGUCUUAGAUCGGCGAUGCUUAUGGUGGACAACAAUGGACAACACACGGCCGAUAAUGGCCUGGAUAUGAUUGAUAUGAAAAAACGUUGCAUACAAUCGACGGCUCAUAUAUUAAGACCGGUACUCGAAAAUUAUCUGUUUAGUAACGGUAUGGGUAGCGGUGUUUUUGUGGACAACGUGAACAACAAUAGUAGUCGUCUAGUGUUAACCUGUUAUCAUGUGGUCAGACAGAGUCCGUUAGUUUGGGUUCGCAGUUGUAAUAGCUAUCAGAAUAAUCGGUCGGUACUGUUGACACCGCCUCUGGAGGCCGACCUCCUAUAUGUUGAACCACAUUUGGAUUUGGCAUUAAUACGUAUACAGGAAAUACCGUCACUGUUGUACACUCGGUCGACACCGAUGCCCUGGACUACCGAUUCGGGUUCGGGUAGUAGUAGUACCGAAUUUGGUCAGCCAGUAUCUAUGUUAGGCAAUGGCAAUACUAUAUUGUUUGCACUGCACCCGGAUAUGCCGGUAAUAACACACAAUACGGUCAAUGUUCCCGGUUUUUCUGGUAGUCCACUAAUCGAUACCGAUGGCCGACUGUGCGGCCUUACUUGGGGUGGUAUUAUAAAACGUGGUAUUAUUACCUGUGCUGUUGACUAUAAAACAUUAAAAGAGUUUAUCACCAGAGCAUUGACUUAUGAAACAAAUGGCAUAAAACAUAAUCGUCUGACGGAACGGUAUGAACUGGACAUACGAUCCGAUAGUCAACUAUUGGGUUUGAUUUUAUCGACAAAACCAUUUUCGGGUAGUUUUAUUGUCCGAUCGGUUUUGCCCACUGUCUCUGAUGAAGCAAAAAGUAUUAUCGGCGCACGUGUUUUGAGAGUUUUUGGACACGAGUUGGACAGUAUGGAUGUCCUACGAUUGGCUAUCGAUACUAAUCCGGUAAUCAAAUUGUGGAUCGGAUUACCCACUGAUGAUGACAGUAGUGGUAGUAGUACUAGUAGUGGUAGUCGAGGGACAGUUAGAAAUGAUGACAGCAUCAGCACUGUUAACAUCAAUACUAUAGCACCCGUCGAUUAUCAAGGCUUUAGGAUUAAACCAUUAGUUAUUUGA